AUGCCGCGUAAAGUUCAAGACUUACCCGAAUUUAGUGGUCAUGCGGAGGACUGCCCAUUGUUUUCAAAUGCAUAUAUGCAAUCAACUGCCGCCUACGGUUACACCAACCUGGAAAAUAAUCAACGCCUACUGAAAUGCCUAAAGGGAGAAGCCAGAGAAGUGGUGAAGUCAUUGUUGAUCCACCCGGAUAACGUAAACGCUGUCAUGGAGCAACUAAAAUUUCGAUUUGGUCGACCGGAGGGGUUGAUACGCAGCCAGCUUCGACAACUGAAAGAAAUAGGUCCGAUUUCUGAGUCAGCUAUUGAAAAGCUUAUUCCGUUCGCAACGAAGACUAAGAAUUUAUCUAUCUUUCUACAGUCGGUGGAUGGAUUUCAACAUCUUUCAAAUCCAACGCUUUUAGAAGAGUUGAUUAGCAAGCUGCCCAUUAGUAAAAGAAUGGAUUGGGCCAGAUAUGCCGCUACGAUCAAACCAUAUCCAACUGUUGUUGACUUUAGCAACUGGCUUAGCGAUUUAGCAAAUUUGGUUUGUACUCUGCAAGAUAUUGAUAGUCGUCGACGGGUAGUCCUUCAUGCGAUGGAAAACAAUUCCAGGGAAUCCCAAACCGCUGCCAGGUGUCCGAUUUGUAAAGGACAUCACAAAAUUAGUGUAUGCAAGAAAUUCGUAGAUUCCUGUGUGGCUGACAGGUGGGCUCAAACAAAGCAGAACCGGCUGUGUUUUUCGUGCCUGAGAAGCGGUCAUUCGUCACGCGAUUGCCGUAGUCGUACAUUGUGCAUGGGCGAUGGUUGUCAGCGCAAGCACAACAAACUUUUGCACGAGCCUAGCAGCGCCGCCAGUGCAACUGUCACACAACGACGAGAACAACAGUUGGUAGGUACCACCAACGUGAUGGAGUCAAUGCUAAGCUGCUCCUCAAAUUCAACUAAGCAACAAGGGCUCUUAUUUCGCGUCUUGCCAGUAACGUUAUAUGGGCAGCGUUACCGAGUUGAGACAUUCGCGAUGUUGGAUGAAGGAUCGUCCAUCACUAUGAUGGACCAGGGACUUCUGAAAAAGCUAGGUAUCGGUGGCCAUGAAUACGAUUUGAAUAUGCAAUGGUUUGGUGGAAGAACUGCCCAGGAAGCUGCCACGGUUGUUGAUCUGGAAAUCAGCGGUAAGGGCUUAACUAAACGUCACAGAUUGCGCCACGUUUAUGCUUUACCGAACCUUAAUCUGCCAGUACAAAGCCUCAGUAGCAGUGCCCUACGUGGAGUGGCAACUCGCGAUUUGCCCAACAUGCCUAUGCCUUUUUCCAACGUCACUCCAAAGAUACUCAUCGGGUUGGAUCAUUGUCAUUUAGGUUUACCAUCCGUAACAAUGCAGUUGGAAGAUCGAGGCCCGUAUGCAGCCAACACGGAGCUUGGUUGGGUGGUCUUCGGUCCGACCGGGAAGAGCGUUGCGUCAAACGCAGCAUGUCUACAUAUAAAGGAGGUAAGCGAUUUGCAUAGUUUGGUUGAAGAAUAUUUUGACAUCGACAGCUUUGGAGUGCGUUCUGCACCAGUCGUAAAGAGUGCUGCAGACGCACGUGCUGAGCGCAUACUAAAGCAAACAACGUUUCGUAUAAAGGGGAAAUUUCAAACAGGACUCGUUUGGAAAACUGACUGCGUCAAACUGCCUGACAGUUACCGGAUGGCUGAAAACAGAUUGUUGGGUAUUGAGCGUAAAUUUAAAAGGAACCAUACGUUCGCAGCAGCAUAUAAAGUCAUAAUACAGCACUAUAUUGCGAGAGGAUACGCGCGGAAGCUGACACCAGCUGAGAGCGAAACUGAAAACCCAAGACUAUGGUACCUGCCCCAUUUCGCGGUUGUUAACCCUAACAAGCCGUGGAAAUUGCGCCUUGUGUUUGAUGCAGCUGCAUCAGUCGGGGGUGCGUCACUUAAUGGAAGUUUGCUCAAAGGGCCGCAAGAGUAUCAGCCGAUGCCUUCAGUGCUCUUUAAUUUUCGUACCGGGCCAGUCGCCGUAUGUGGAGACAUAAUGGAGAUGUUCCACCAAAUUUACGUCCGGCCCGAAGAUAGAUGCUCGCAGAGGUUCCUGUGGAGAGAAGAUGAGAAGAAACCACCAGAGAUUUAUGAGAUGCAGGUUAUGACUUUCGGUGCUGCCUGCUCCCCGUGUGCGGCACAAUUCGUUAAGAUGUUAAACGCUCAGGAAUACGCAGACCGCUUCCCUCGCGCAGUGGAGUCUAUAGUGAAGUACCACUACGUUGAUGACUUUGUGGACAGCUUCGAGUCAGUCGAGCAGGCAGUCAGCAUAGCAAAGCAAGUGUCCAAAAUCCAUGAAGCAGCCGGAUUCCAAAUGCGUGGAUAUAUAUCCAAUUCAGUUACUGUAUUAAAAGCGCUUGGAACUGAUGUCGAUGCGAGAAGCAUUAGCAGCUGUUUUCACGUAAAGAAUCCUGCAGCUGAAAAGUCAUCUGGUAGUGGGAGCCAAGAUCAUAAUGCGUGA